AGUGAGGGACCGGCGGUGGUGAAUCGGGUCGGUCGGUCACCAAUGUCUGCUACACCCGGUGUUUGAGUUGCGGGAUGGAAGUUUCGCGAACACACGCACUGUCACUGUAACGCUGCGCGUACUUUCUGUCUGUUCUGUUCGCGAAACGAGACGAAGUCUGUGGGGAGAAGUGACCCCGAGCGACGACAUGGCUGAUAAUAUCAUCGUCCGGGUUCAGUCCCCAGAUGGUAUGAGGAAGAUUCCUUCAACCAAGAGGGAGACGGCUGCUGCUUUUCUCAAGAAGGUGGCCAAAGAGUUUGGCUUUAACACCAAUGGAUUCUCUGUUUACCUGAACCGCAACAAAACCGGAGAGAUUCUGUCUCAGAACAAAGCUCUGAGUCUGCUGAAGAUCAAGCACGGUGACAUGCUGUAUCUGUUCCCGUCUGGAGCGUCCACCUCCUCCUCUGGAGAGGUGAUGGACACGGCCCUGCCGCACACCUCCUCCUCGCUACCGUCCGCGUCGUCAUCCUCCUCCCUGAUGUCCCGCUCCUCCUCCGCCCCGCAGGUCCAGGAGGAGGAUGAGAUCGACCAGUAUCUGACCAAACAGGACGGCAAGAUCUACAGGAACAGAGAUCCACAGCUGUGUCGUCAUGGUGCUCUGGGUAAAUGUGUGCACUGUGUUCCAUUAGAGCCUUUUGAUGAAGAUUAUCUGAAUCACCUGGACCCACCGGUCAAGCACAUGUCAUUCCACGCAUACCUUCGCAAACUGACUGGCGGGUCUGAUAAAGGGAAGUUUGCUGCUCUCGAAAACAUCAGCUGUAAAAUCAAGUCCGGCUGUGACGUUCACCCUCCGUGGCCUGAGGGAAUCUGCACCAAGUGUCAGCCCAGCGCCAUCAUCCUCAACAGACAGAAAUACAGACACGUGGACAACAUCAUGUUCGAGAACCACACCAUUGCCAACAGCUUCCUGGACUUCUGGAGGAAGACGGGCAGUCAGAGGGUGGGGCUGCUGUACGGCAAAUACACGGAGCACACGGACAUCCCGCUGGGCAUCAGAGCCGAGGUGGCCGCCAUCUACGAACCUCCACAGACGGCCACUCAGAACAGUCUGGAGCUGCUGGAAGAUCCUAAAGCUGCAGCUGUGGAUGAAAUUGCUGCCAAACUGGGGCUUUGCAAGGUGGGCUGGAUCUUCACAGACCUGCUGUCCGAGGACACGAGGAUAGGCACCGUCCGCUACACGAGGAACAAGGACUCGCACUACCUGAGCGCAGAGGAGUGCAUCAUGGCCGGAUACUUCCAGAACCAACACUCCAACCCCUGCAGACUUUCCCGAGACGGAUUCUUUGGAUCCAAGUUUGUGACAGUGGUGGCUUCAGGAAGUCCAGACAACCAGGUGCACUUUGAAGGAUACCAGGUGUCCAAUCAGUGCAUGGCGCUGGUGCGAGACGAGUGCCUGCUGCCCUGCAAAGACGCCCCCGAGCUGGGCUACGCCAAAGAGUCCAGCCCGGAGCAGUACGUCCCAGAUGUCUUCUACAAGGACAAAGACAAGUUUGGAAAUGACGUCACGUUUCUUGCGCGGCCUCUUCCUGUGGAAUAUCUCAUCAUCGACAUCACCACCACGUUCCCAAAGGAUCCUCAGUACACGUUCCGCUCCACUCAGCACUUCCACAUCGAGAACCGGGACAUUAUUGGAGAGACACAAGACUUCCACAGCUUAGCGACGUACCUGUCCCAGUGCACCUCGUCAUCGUUCCUGGACGUGGUGUCGGACUUCCACUUGCUCCUCUUCCUCGUCACCAACGAAGUCAUGCCUCUGAGAGACAGCAUCGGGCUGCUCCUUGAAGCCGUGAGAACUUCCAAUGAGGACCUAGCUCAGACCUGGAAGAAGUCUGAGCAGUGGGCCACCAUCGAACAGCUGUGCAGUACAGUGGGCGGGCAGCCGUCCAGCUCGGGCUACGCGGCGAUGGGCGGAGACUCGGCUCCGGCGUCUUCCUCGUCCAUGUGGUCGUGUCUUCACUGCACCUUCAUGAACCAGCCUGGCACUGAGCACUGUGAAAUGUGCAGCCUGCCCCGCACUUAAACAACAACAAAGCCCCGCCCUGUUUCCCACAAACCCCGCCCCCCACCUCUCCACAAACCCCACCCACAGCCCUGACAUCACCGCUCCUGGACCAGCUGGCUGCCGCUUCUGGAUUUGCUCUCAUUGGCCUCGUGCUUGUCAAAGCCUCUGGCCCCUCCCACUUGAGCGGUUGCUGUGGCAACAGACAGAAGCAGCUGUUUACAUUUAAGUUCAUCUUCAUUUUUAAUCCCUUGUUCCAGCAGCGGCUCACGUUUCGGAAAGCACUUUGGACCGAGGCCCUUUUCCGUCACUUACCCCGCCCCCUGGGAUAACCCCGCCCCCCCACCACCAUAACAAAAUCCUGAUGUGAUGUCUCAGGAAAGGGCCAGAUGUUCUCUGGCGUCAGGGCCCCGCCCACUCUCACCACGUCUUCUGGAAAGUUUUGCUGUGUUUAGAAACGUUUUAUUUAAUUCUUUUUUUUUUUUGUCCAAUUUUUUUUAAUAAAAAGACAAAAAAAAUCGGAUAGUUGCGAUAACUUAAAAAUUCGGAAUCUUUGGCGUGGAACUCAGCUUUUUCUAGAACCUUCGUACAAUCAUCGGUCAAAUCUCAAGAGUUAUUCCGAGUUUAUCUUCAGUGUAAAAUAACGUAAACAAUUUAAAAACGUGCAGGUUUCCAAAUUCACGUUUCACAACUUUUUUUGUGGUUUGAACUUGAACAUACGCAACAUGUAGCUAAUUUAAAAUCAGCUGUCCCCGAUAAAACGGCCCGGACUUCGCCGUUGCCACAGCUAAUGAUCUGUGCGGUUUUCCUCUCGUCACACGUCGUCGUCUCGUCAUUGUUUUCUCAUUUUUUGAUAAGCUUCACUCAACGUGAGAGCCAAACAAAAAAUACGUAAAAGCUAUAAUCUGUUAACGAAUUUCUCCACACAUCGACAUCUGUGAACCGCGUGGAUUUAGAGGGAAGGCGACAUUUAUACAUCACCACGAUUCGCAAAGCAUGGAAACACUGUAAUUUCGGACCAAGUUCCUCAAAGGUUUACGCUAUUUGUUUUGUUUACACAUUAAUUUUGGUGAAAUGACCCUUUAACAAAUCGCAGUCCGCCGUGAUAGCAUCUGGUUAAAAUAGUUUUUUAUUCACUUCCAUUUCCUCCGCGUUAAAUUUUCGCGAAUUAAACUUUACCAAAUAAUUUGCGUGUCGUUGAACGCGUCCCACGUCCUCCAGAAUUCAUUUCCGUUUUUGUGUGAAUUCACGCUGCCGAUGCAAAUCUGGCGUCUGUGUUUUCUACAUAAAAUUAAAGUGCUACAACAAAUUAACGACUAAUUUCACAAAUUUACAUCCCGUUUUGAUCUAACGCCGCCGAUGUUUGUUGUCGAGUUUAUCUUUAAAAACUCCAUCAUACGUCUGUUUAUGUGAUUUUCUUUUUCUUUUCUUUUUGAAAAAUGGAGUCACUGAAAAUACGUUGACGUAAACCGGCCUCGUUGUUGUCAUGGAAACGAGCCUCUCAGGUUUCCUCUGCGUUAGUACUUAAGAACGACUUUUUCUCGCAAAUUAAAUGAAUCGAUUUCCACGUUAAAAUAAAAAUGGUACAACAAGUUAACGGCACAUUUCACAAAUUUCCAUCACGUUUUGAUUUACGUCACCGAUGUUUGUCAAGGAAAUGAGCGAAGGAGCCUCUCGGUUCGUCAUGAGUCGCGAUCUGCAGGUUUAACGAUAUUUAUGAGACGUUUAAAGUUGAUGAAGUGACAAGAUUUUAGUCGUAGUUUCAUUUUGAAAAAUGUUUGGAUUUCUUUUUUUUUCUUUGAUGGUGUUGUUCUUCUAGCCCCUCCCCCUUCCUGUGUGUGUGAAUCACUUGAGCGGCUCCUCUGACGUCAUGGUAACGACUGAACAGCGCUGACUGUUUCCUGUGUGUUUUUUUUCUUUUGUACUUGUUCUGCUCGUCGCGGCUGAGUUAACGACGGACGCCGUCGUCUGCUCUUCAUCUGGAUUUCAAACAAAAUUAUAGAGAGAAAAAAAAUCAAAAAAAUGAAUAAAAAAUAAACAAAAAAAUG